AAGAAAACAAUUUUUGUUUAACGUAAGAAUUCUUCAAUGAUCAUCUGUUUAGUUGGCUAUUUGUCAAUUUCUCUAUGAGAUGUCGCUAGUUUUUAAAUGUCAAAUGUCAAUCGUUUUGACUUACGACUUGUGACCACAGAUUUUACGUUUUACACAGAAUAUGUUUGUUUUAGUCGUAGUUUACAGUUUACAUCGCAGAAAAUGAAUUUCAUAAAAGAACGAUUUUUCAAACUAGCAAACCCUUAUUUUCAAAGAAAUAAACCAGCACCGCAACAACCGCAACUGACUAGUAAAUACCAAGUGUAUUUCGAGAAGGUUUAUUUCGUAUUAAGUUGGGAAAAUAUUAGUUUUACCCUUGUGGUUCUUUUAGUAUUGAAUUAUCUAUUUUGGUAUGUAUUUUAAUUCAAUUAUUCGAUUUACGUAUUUGACGCGUAUUAUUUGCACGUUUCUUAUAUUAGAAUGGUAUUCGGUUAUUGUUGUCAAUAUUGCGUUUUGAAUAAAUAAAGGUAUUUAAAAUGUAAUAGAGGUCCAUAAAUAGCAUCACUUAUUAUGUAUACAGGUUAAUGGUGCACCUAGAAGUAAAAUUUUUCAGCGUUUUGUUCCUAUCAUGCCUAGCUCUGUUCCUGUGGGAUUCACUGCUAACGAAUCCAGAAAAGUACACCCCAAAGUACACAGACAUAUUCGACAGCACCAGGAUUGCUAUUUACGACCUAGUACUUAACUUGAAGACGCUCAGACGGGAAAAUCCCUCUACGUUUUGCAUCUCAUUGUCGCUGGCGUUCUUUGUUCUCCGCAUUAUAGCAUCAACAAUCUCAGGCUACGAAUUUAUUUAUUACACGCUAUUAGUCGCAUUUUUCUUGCCAUUAGGGUUCAAAUUGUUGCCGGAGGAACAAGCUCAACGCUGUAAAAAUAGUAUUAAAUCCGUAUUUAAUGUAUCGGGGAUAUUAGCUGAAGAAGAAUUGAUUCCUUUUAUCAAUACUGAUUUUAUUAAUGUAGAUAAUGAUUUAGACAGUCUUUUAACAGAUAGAACAGCAGAUUCAGUAUCGACUUCGUUAAUAAGCGGAAUAAGCGGAAUGCCUUCGCAUUUGGACGUCAUCGAUAAUGCAAACGACGUGGACGAAGACGAUCUGAUUCCCAACAGGAGCGUAUCCUGCGAACUUUCCAGUGAUUCGGACUCGGAGCACAAAGAUAUAAGUUUCGAGUCGUCGCAUUUUAGUAGAGACAGUUCGUCCGAAGACGAGAGAUUGUUGUUGAAGAACGACGCGCCGGUCGCGUCGGCGUCUCCGCUUUCGGGGACGAUAUUGAAUUUCGUCAAAUCGGUGGUUUACAAAAACGAGGCGCCGAUCAAGAGGCAGAAUAGCAAUUCUAGCAGCAGCAGCAGCGAUUUCGAAUUCGUAUACAAAGACGAUGUAAAAUCGUAGUUUAAUUUUUUAGCCGAAAACCAGUGAUAUCUCUUAUUUUAGUUUAAACCGAUUGUACAUUAUUUAUUUUAUUUCACAGCAACUGAUUGUCGAUUUACUUGUAAAAUAAAGUAGCGGAUAUUUCGAUAAACGUA